GAUUUAGUGCCCUUCACUGGACGAUGAAGUUUGGUGAUUUUAUUGCAACCAUCGAAACUUAAAGACACCAGCAAACAUCGCUUCCGAGAUAAGCCUCACCCUUUGUAAUCGUACACUCUGAAAAAUUUCUUCAUGGAUUGCUGUUAAGAUAACCAGCAAGUAAAGAGAUGCACAGCAUGGGUUCGCGAGACGAAUCGGCUCGUCAGGCAGCUGAGUCCUUGCUCUCGGGUAGCUCGUCGCAGUCAGUGAACCAGUACCCUCCUCCGCACCCCCAGCAAAUCCGUCCCGACAGCAAUUAUUAUGGCGCUGCAGGACCAAACUAUCCUAGGUUUGUCAACACACGUGGCAACAUCCAAAGUUCUAGUCCGAGUGUCGAGUAUUUAAAUGAAGAAUUACUGGCAGGCCUUCGGUUAGGCGGUCAGAUGUCUGGAGUUCGCAGAUUCUUCUGCCUUUUUCUAACCUUUGACUUGCUCUUUACAUUCCUCAUGUGGUUCACCUGUAUCAUGCUGAUUGGAAACCGAGACGUCGUACAAGCUCUGAUUGAUGAAGUCAGAUAUUACAAUGUCCACACUUCCAUGUUUGAUAUAGUGAUGGCCGCUGCGUGUCGGUUUACUGUUCUACUUUUAUUCUAUGCCCUCCUUUACAUCAAUCACUGGAUCAUUAUUGCUCUCUCUACAUCUGGAACGUGUGCCUUCUUGAUAUUCAAAGUCUUUGUUUUCAAUUGGGCCUCAGCGGGUCAACCUGUUUUCCAAGUGCUCAUAAUUUUGACGUCAUUUGUACUGGCGUGGGGUGAAACGUGGUUUUUGGAUUUCCGAGUCAUCCCGCAAGAGACCUUGGCUAGAGCCAUAAUUAUCGAUCCAAACACAUCAAACUUCCUUCGAAGCGUGUAUGACGAGAGAACACCACUCAUGAGGAAUUUCCUGAAUAGCACUGGAUGCCCUGAGAACUACACUGAGUCGAUCGGCAAUUUUUAUUCGCCUUUAGAGUCUCCCAGAGAAUCCGAUGAUGAAGAGGAAGGAGCAGGAGGCCGAUUCAGGACGAACCAAAGAACAAGGAGUAAGGAAGCCCAGUUGGAAGCUGAGGCGAGAGAAAGCUUUAACGCGGCGUGGUCUGUAUUGAACUCCACCUCGGGCUGGAAAAGAGAGAAGGAUACAACAGAAGGCGACCUUGUCGAGUCUAAAGGUGUUGCCAAACAAAGGAAGAUUUUUCGACUGAAGGGUCAAAUAGAAAUCCCGCCAAAGCUGUUAUUAGAGGAGCUCUACUAUAAGGUGGAAGACAUGCCUGCUUGGAAUCCUACCAUAAUUCAGUCAAGGAGACUCCAGGUUCUGGACGAACACACCGACGUAGUGUAUCAAGUGUCGGCCGAAGGUGGCGGCGGUGUGGUGGCCAGCCGCGAAUUUGUGGUUCUUCGCCACUGGGGAGUCAAAGACGGCACUUACAUCUCUUCAGGCUGUUCGUGUUCGCACUUGGACGCGCCAGAAAAUAAAAAAUUAAUCAGGGGACAUAAUGGACCAAACUGCUGGGCGAUGCAGCCGGUGCCUGACGAGCCGAACCAGUGCAACUUCCUGUGGCUCUUGGACACGGAUUUGAAAGGCUGGGUGCCCCAGUACAUGGUUGAAGCUGCCCUCUCAACGGCCAUGCUGGAAUUCCUCUCCAGUCUGAGAAGCUACGCCGCCAAGCUGAAGGAAGAAGGUAAAUUUUCUUCCUACACGUGAGUCUCCAGCACAACUUUCUUGCCUCAAGUGUCAAGACACUGCCUACGGUCUAGAGCAGUAUUUAUUUUCAGAACAAAUUAAAACUAUGUGAGAAAACAUUAACUUUUUAAGUGGAAGGUUGCAUCUUAUUUGAAUUACGCCAUAUUAGUUUGUAUGAAUAAAAAUUAAUCAUCACUGUAUUGAAAUAAUGAACCGCGCGGUAUCCACCACAACCCCAGUGUCUUCUCAUCACAUGUUAAAGGAUCUCAUUGAUAGUUUAAUGAAAAUAAUCAACAUCUCUGAUAUAUAUUUUAAAUUGAAUUGCUAUGUCAAACCUCUAUCGCAUUUUACAUAAUAAUUUUGGCUAUAAACAUCUCAUCUUUGCUGCUCACUCAGUUUGAAAAUAUUAAGAAUACUAAAGAAAUAAUUUUUUAUAAAACAUGUAAUAAAAUGCGGUCACUAAAUGAA